AUGCCAGCUAAAGAAUCAAAGAGUCCUUGUGUUGAAUGCAAGGAUGCCGAAGCCGUUUUAACUGUUCGGAAGAGGCAACUGUGCAGUUCCUGUUUCAAAUACUUCUUAUCAACCAAAGUAUUUCGGCGCAUGGAAAAGUACAACAAGCCACCUCGAGAUCAUAACACUUUGGUGCCCCAAUUACUCCUUCCCCUAUCUCUCGGUGUUUCUUCUUCGACUUUGUUGUAUAUGCUGGAUACCGAACUCCAUCGCAGACUGGCCAAUGCGCACACCAAGAAACCAUAUAAUCUUCAAGUGCUCGUAAUAGAACCUUCAACUAUCUCGCCAUCGGACGCUCCAUAUGACAAAAAUUACGAGGCACUCCAAGCGGCCUUCCCUAUGCACACAUACACACGAGUGCCAUUCCACAAUAUCUUCGAAUAUGUCCCAGACAUGAAGGAGAUUAUGUUAGAGUAUGCCGGCCCCCAGUUUACAGACGAUGCCUCUAUGGAUGCUGAGAAGCGCCUGGCUGCUUUCCGAGCUACGAUUACCACACCAACAUCUAAGAGCGACCUUGAUCAAGUGUUGUUGACCCGGCUUGUUGUUGGAUUCGCAAAGAAGACUGGCUGUGAUACUGUUCUGUGGGGUGACUCUGAUAGUCGCCUUGCAGCAAAGACUCUGGCAGGUGCUGCCAAGGGUCGUGGUGCCUCAUUAACCUGGCAAGUGUCUGAUGGAAUGUCCCCAUGGGGCAUGGGAUUUGAGUUCCCGUCACGAGACUUGUCAAAGACUGAGCUGGAGCAAUUUGCAACUUGCUGCCCAGAACUAGCCUAUAUCAUCAUCCCUGAGCGACCAGUAUCCGAAAAUAUCCUUACCAAGAACCUGUCCAUAGACGAGUUGAUGAUGCGGUACGUGUUGACGCAAGGUGAAAAGUAUCGUGGUAUCAUGUCAAAUGUGUCAAGAACAGCAAACAAACUCCAGUCUACCUCAGAGACUGAAAGUACUAAAUGCACACUAUGUGGAGCCUUGGUGGGGAAUGUUCAAGGAAACGACUCAGCGAUUGCUGCCUCAAUUGACAAUCAAAGCUCCCAAUUCUGCUACGGGUGCCUGAGAUCUCGCCCUGAGGUUAUCAACAAUUAA